AUGCAAGAAGAAAAACAACAUAAUAUAUUAUUAGUAUCAUUACCAUGGAUCAUUCAAUCACAAAUCAUUUAUCUAUUAUGUUCAUGUAAUAGUUUAAAGAUAAAAGAUGUAUUUGGUAUUGGGGGAGUAUCAAAGACUUGGAGAGUGGAAGCUAAAAGGUAUUUGUAUGUACGUCAUACACUCUACUUUGCAGUCAGUGAAUUGGAAGGUUAUAGAGAUCACAUUGAUCAUCCUUUAAGUUUGUUGAAAAUGAAUGGAUGUAAGUUGAUACUCAAUCAAUCUGACUUUUUAAUUGGACGUUCAGUGUAUCAAAAGAAUAUGAAAUAUCUUGGACUACAAACUGGUGAUAGUGAUGAUGGUGAUAGUUAUAAUCAGCAUCAGCAGUUAGUUUCAGUCUCGGACAACUUGGUAUGGUUCAAGAAAAAGAUUAUUGAAACGGUUGAAUCUAUCAAUAUUUGUAGUCCGACACGGUCAAAUGACGAUUGGUCACAAAUAUUCUUUGGUACAUCGUUCGAAUUGUCGUCAUUGCAGUCGUUGACAUGUACCAUUAUUGAAGCUGACUCGUUUCAAUUGGAUAUGGAUACAUUUUGUGAUUUGAAACAUCUCAAUGUCACCUUUUACAUGUCGACCGAUGGUAUAUGCAAAGUAUUGAAUCACUGUAAACACUUGGAAUCACUCAUCAUUGCAAUCGAGAAAUGUAUUGAUAUUGAUCAAGACAACAAUCUUGACAAAAUAUUCAACUGUAUAUCUCGAGGAGGAGGAGGAGGAGGAGGCACACUGACAAAGUUGGAUUUAGCAUAUAUUGAUACUACCAAACCAUUCCCAUUUAAUUUGUUGGGUGGGUUGGGAAUACGGGAGAUUUCAAUCUACCAAGAACACCAAAGAAAUACACCGAGUUAUUAUCAGUAUGUGUUGGAUGGUAAAAUAGAGUCAAUUGUACAAUUCAGCAUACCUAAUCAACAAUGCAUUGACUUUUUAUCGGCUGGGUCGGCUGUCAAAGUACUCGAUUUGUCAUUGAUGGAGGAUCCACCAUCUACUGUAUCGAUACAAAAGAGACCAUUGGUACCACCACUACUAGAACGAUUGACUUUAAAAGGUGGGUCACACCAAAAUAGUCGAGUUACAUCGUACGACAUGCUUGACAGUAUAUUUGUACAUAGUGGUUCGUUGCCGAGGUUGACACACCUCAAACUAUACCUUAGAAUGGAAAAGACAAUGAUUGAUAUUAUCACCACCUUUAUCAACCAAAGCAAGUCUAUUCAAGUCGUUCAAUUUGGUACCUACCAAGAAGACCCAUUUCUCUGGACAACCGACAAUGACAUGGAAUCAUUCUUGCAAGCUUUUGCCUCUAGUCCAACCAUGACAGAAGUUAAUUUCACCUAUCUCCUCUUUGACCCAAUGAUAUCAUUCCUUCAAAAAAAUAUCAAAAUAUUAAACAAAAAUAAUAGUGAUAAUAAUAAUAAUAUGAAAAGUAAAGUACAUCUCUAUCAAUCACCAGAUAAAAUAUCAACAACAUCAUUGAUAAAUAUAAAUAAUUAUAAAUUUGAUUUAUCAUUUCUUUCAAUUUCAAAAUAA